UUAAUGUCAUUCACGAGCGUUUUAGGGUGUUUCUAUCCCGUAUGCAAUGCUGAUUGAAUGUCUUGUCUGUCCAUCAAAUCGUCCCCGGGAUGAUACUGCAGAGAGAGUGCACUUAUAGCUAGCUAGCUAGUAGCAUUAGCGUUAGAAGUGGAUGACGGCUACUGUACACCGAACGUCCUAUCAUCCGGACCACAGAAGAAUCCGGCGUCAUCAUUGAAUCAGUAAGAUACAAGAUAACCGUACAGCCAACUAGAUACUACAAGUAUUUUGGAACUAUAAUACAAACUAAUCGUAUUUAGCUUCUAGUACAGUGAUGUGCACUAUAGGUAGCUAGCUUGCUAGAAUAAGCUUCUGACAAAAAUGCCAUUAAAUUUGCGUUGGACAGUUCGACUACAGCCAAAGACAAAGGGGCGUUCCAAGGGAGGAGAAUCCAUCCUUGUUGCAAGAAGAUAAUCGACGUAGCCAAAAACAUGAGUCGUUACUGCACCCUGAACAACAACUUCCCCAAUGACAACCAGCUCCUGGUCCUGGACAUGGUGCUGAGCUCUCUCUGGAGCGUUCCACAGCCCGUCAACUGGGACAACGUGGCCAUGCUGGUCCCUGGCUUCACACCCAAGGAGUGUGCGCAGAGGUUCGAGGAGCUGAAGAGCACCGGAGGGUUCCAUCACGUGGACGACCAAUGCAACGCGCUGACGGCAGGAGGAUCCUCCCCUGUGGACUCGCUGGCCACCUACAUCAAAUCCACACUAUUGGACACCACGGGAGACGUGGAGGAGACGCGGACCAAUCAGAGCUCCAUCUCAGUGACGGGCCUGGCGGUGAACCCUUCAAGAGGUAGCUCGGUGGAGAAAGAGGAGUCUGCGGAGGAGGGCGAGAAGCCCCAGGAGGGGAAAGGGCCCAAUAUGGUGAUCCACGUGUGUGACGAGGCUAAGAACCUGAAGCAGGACUUCAUGUGUCCCCGUGACCUUCUGAUCAACGAGAUGCGUUACUUUGCUGAGUACCUCUCUGUUGACCUCCAGCGCUGGGAGGAGGUGGACAUCUCUGUGCACUGUGACGUGCAGAUCUUCGACUGGCUCAUGAACUACGUCAAGAGGCACAAAAUGGCCGUCGAUGGCAACAAUGACAAACCCAAACUCGAGCCCAGCAAUGUGAUCUCAAUCCUCAUCUCCUCCGAGUUCUUGAAGAUGGACACUUUAGUGGAGGAGUGUAUUCAGUACUGUCACAAGCACAUGAGUGCCAUCGUGGCCACACCCUGCAACAUGAACUGCAUCAACAGUAACCUGGCAGCGGACAUCUCUGACCUCUUCAGCCACAACGAGGCAGACGACAUCAUGGACAGAAAAGACAAGUUCAAAAGUAAGUUAUUCCAGAAGAAAAUUGAGUGUCUCUUCGAUCCUGACUAUAAGAACCAGGACUCCCCAGGCAACGCAUCGACUCUGUACAGAUGUGGUCUGUGCCUGAAACUGCUGACCAAGGACACAGAGAGGAAGAUCUCCUGCAUCCCAGGGAAGAUCAACAUCGACCCUCGAGGAGACAUCACCUACACUCACAGCAGGCAGAAGAGAUGGGAGGUCCAUGAUUACAUGACCGGACUGUAUGAGGAGCUGAAGUCCUGGGUGCUGGUCUACUGGAGGAUCUGGGGAACCAUCAACCACCUCACCUGCUCCCACUGCCAACAGGCGUUUGUGUGUGCAGAGCUGUCCCACUGUCGGUAUCACCCAGAGGUUGUGUUGUACCCGGGCAUGGGGACAGAGCAGGGCUGGCACGGGACGGGCAUCUACCCCUGCUGCAACCAGAGGACACUACGCUUUGACCCCACCGGCAUUCCCAAGGGCUGUAAGAUGCGGGACCACAUAGUGAAUGCGUCAGACAGUGGAGACUGUACUGGGGACCACCAGGUAAACUCAGCCCAGACCAGACUACUCAACGACCUGCUACUACACAGAGAGGCAGUGUGUGUACCCAACACACCCCUACCAGAGACAGGGCCUGUAGACUCCCCCUCCAGUGGUUCAGAGAGGGGGGAGAGAGGGGAGAGAGGGGAGCGGGUACUGGACUGUGACAUCCUGGUAGAGCCGGGGCUUCAGAGAGUAGAGGGCACCACCUUUUCCCUGUUGAAAAACUGGAGCCGGCAACUGAGGCAGCAGACGCUGCUUUCUGAGGAUGAGGAGUAUACCACGGGGUCAGAGGUCACUGAGGAUGAGGUGGGAGAUGAAGAGGAGGCCAGCAAGAAACAAGCUGCUAAGAAGGCCAAGAAGUUGAGCAAACCUUUGAAGAGGCAGAUGUCUUCACCUAAUUUUCAUCGCAAAGAGAAAGCAGUGGAGAAAACCCCUUCGAGGGACAACACUCCAUUUAGAGUGAGUGCCCAGAAGAGUAAAUGGGACAGCUCUCGCUCCAUCCGCUACAACCAAGAUGCCCAAAGAGAGGAAGACCAGCGGCGUAUGGUGGAGAUCAUUGGUCAUCUGACUAAGAUCAGGUUCGGAGAUCAGGAACAGAGAAAGUCCAAGGACACUAAAGAGCGUGCAGCAGGGAUCUACUCCAGGCUAGAGGCCCAGUUCAAGUCCUCCUCCCAGGCCAGUGGACGACAGAGUGGCCCUGAGAAAACCCUCAGAGGGAAGCCACGCUUCAGCCAAGCUCGGACCACAUAGAUACUGGAACAGGAAGAGGGAGGAAGAGCGGAGGACCACAUAGAUACUGGAACGAGAAGAGGGAGGAAGACAGGAGGAAGAGUGGAGGACCACAUAGAUACUGGAACGAGAAGAGGGAGGAAGAGGGAGGAAGAGCGGAGAACCACAUAGAUACUGGAACGAGAAGAGGGAGGAAGACAGGAGGAAGAGCGGAGGACCACAUAGAUACUGGAACGAGAAGAGGGAGGAAGACGGGAGGAAGAGCGGAGGACCACAUAGAUACUGGAACGAGAAGAGGGAGGAAGAGCGGAGGACCACAUAGAUACUGGAACGAGAAGAGGGAGGAAGACAGGAGGAAGAGCGGAGGACCACAUAGAUACUGGAACGAGAAGAGGGAGGAAGACAGGAGGAAGAGCGGAGGACCACAUAGAUACUGGAACGAGAAGAGGGAGGAAGACAGGAGGAAGAGAGGGAGGAAGAGAGAGAUCCUCAUGUGAGAACUCAGUGGAUCAAACUGACCCAAAUGGGUCCUGGCAACCUGGCAGCAGCUAAACCUCUCAACCCCACCUUGCUUGCUCCACUGUGCCCCUGGUAAUAUUUGUGCCUGUAUUCAUAACGAGCCUAAGAGUAGGAGUGCUGAUCUGGGAUCAGUUUGUCUUUUUAGAACAUACUUUAGAACAUACUGAGUGGACAGGGGAGACCUGAUCCUAGAUCAGCCCUCCUACUCUGAGACACUUGAUAAAUACAGGCCCUGGUCCUGCAUUGGUCGUCUUUAGUUCAGGAGGCCUGGUUUUGCCGUAGGGCUUUGUAGCCCACUUAGAACCCAGUCCAGCCCGUCUGACUCUGGUGACUUUGUAACGAUCACAUCUCCUACCUCCCAUUAACUGUAUAUUACAAUGCAAUAGGUCACCUAGCUCUAAACCUGUAUGCCAUAGAAUAUAAUAUACUUUAACAUAGAAGCUACCUUGUGGUGAGUAAUAGGAGUGGUUAGCAGUAGGUAGAGGAUGGUGAAUGAAAUGCCCGUUGUUUCUAUUUCUAUAUCUGUCUGUGUUGGCAGUAUCGCACAGUACUGGGACUAAGAGGACAUGGGUGGACUAGGCAGUCAGAAAUAAAAGUUACAUUCCCACCAUU